AUGAGUGGAACCUUGACUGAAGAAGAUUAUAAGAAGCAAUGUAAAGAUCUCGUAUCCUUAUCAGACAAAAUAGGCGAUGGAUGGGAGUUGAGGCAAGAUAGAGAUGACGUUUAUAUCGUUAAGACAGUGAAAAUUCCAAUAUCGUUCAGAGAAGAUGACAGAAGCAAUUCAAACUCCAUCUCAAAAACAAACCAAUCCCAGAACAGCGCUGAAUCAGAAGAUGAUAUGUCAGAGGACUACAUCACACUAGAAGAAGACCCUGACUCCCUUACCAUCGCCUCCACAUCUCACCUGAUAACAUUAGAGUAUCACGUGACCUACAGUUGCUCCUACACAGUUCCUGUACUCUACUUCAACGCCUGGCACUCGACUGGUAAACUCCUCUCGGCGGACGAGAUCUGGAAGUUAGCUCCGCCCUGUUCUGAUAAAUACAGCUACAUCACCCAGAUAGAUCACCCUGUAUUAGCGAGACCUUUCUACGAGCUCCACCCUUGUAGAACAGAGCAGAUGAUGGGGUUGGUGGAGGGUGGGGAUACGUAUCUUGUGUCCUGGCUGUCAAGUGUGGGCAGGGACGUCGGUCUUAGUGUGGAUAUCAGAUACUGCCGGACAGAUUCGCCCAGUUAA